AUGUCUCACGGCAGCAAGCCGAAACUGACUAAAAUAGACAAAGCCUCCAUCUUUCUGGCUAAAGCCGUAACAAACAGGCCCUGUGAUGGUCGCGAGGAAUCUCAAGAUGGCAGUGGACUGGGCUCACAAGAGGGCUCUCCAUCUCCCCCUUCCUCUCCAACACCGAUAGUGGAGGAUAGCCCCCUUACUGUGUCAGCCAUGAAAUCCUUCAUGGCGGAUUUCUCCAAGCAACUACAAGACACCAUCACUGGCCAGAUAAAAUCACUGGUGGGAGAGCUUAGGAAGGAGCUACAGGAUUUGGGCCUAUGCAUGUCCCACAUGGAACACACCAUGAGUAAACAUGCCACAGCACAUAACCGCAUGGCAGACCAGAUUCAACAAAUGAACCAUGCUAUUAAAUUACAUAACCUUAAAAUUGGACGAUAG